AUAUAUGUGUAUAUAUUGAACUUAGCAUAUAAUAUAUUACCAGUCAAAUUUAAUUGGUUCCAACAUAACUAACUAACUAAUCAUCUUCCUUAAAUUUCCCGAAAUGGAAAAACCUGAAAAAGAAGAAGAAAUCGCCGUAGUAAUGGUGCCAUUACCAAGCCAAAGCCACCUCAACCAGCUUCUUCAACUCUCCUACCUCAUAUCCUCCGGCGGCCUACCUGUCCACUUCCUCGGCUCCGCCACCCACAACCGCCAGGCAAAACUCCGCUCCUCCCACCACGGCCUAAACCCUAACUCCGCCGCCGCUAACACCAUCCACUUCCACGACCUCCCCACUCCUCCAAUCCCCACACCCGACCCAAUCUCGAACUCCACCGACAAACUCCCCACCCACAUGGCGCCGGCCGUCUUAGCCUACAUGGCGCUACGCGAACCCAUCGCCGAGUUCCUGCGGCGGCUGUCGGAGAAGACGAAACGCGUCGUCCUGAUUCACGACUGGCUCGUCGCGGAAGCGGUAUCCGACGACGCCGUUUCGAUUCCUAACCUAGAAACUUACGCAUUCAACUGUAUGUCGGCGGUCAAUCUGUUUUACAUACUGUGGGAAACGGCGGGCAAGCCGUUCAGUCUCGCCGGAGAACCAAACGAACUCGUCGUCCCUUCCGUGACGGAGUUUUUCCCGGAGGAGAUAAUUAAUUUCAUAGCGGUAAAACCGGAGCAUUUCAAGAAAAGAGAUGGAGAUAUCUUCAACACCACGAGAUUGAUUGAAGGAAGGUACAUUGAAUAUCUCGGGAGACGAGAAAUCGGAGGAGUUGAGAAACAGUGGGCUAUCAGACCAACGCUCCUCCUCCGGUCGAGAAAUCCCGCCGCCGGAGAAUUAAAUCUCCGGCGUCAUAAAUGCAUGGAGUGGCUGGAUAAACAAGCUCCGAAAUCCGUGGUGUACGUUUGUUUCGGAACGAGUGUUUCUUUGUCGGAAGAAGAAGCUAAGGAGAUUGCGUUAGGGCUUGAAGAAAGCAAGCAGAAAUUUCUGUGGGUUUUGAGAGAUGCCGACAAGGCGGACAUAUUCGCCGGAGAAUCAAGAAAGAUCGAGCUGCCGUUAGGGUUUGAGGAGAGAGUGAAAGAAGAUGGAAUGGUGGUUAGGGAUUGGGCCCCACAGGUUGAGAUCCUGGCGCACGAAUCGGUGGGUGGGUUUAUGAGCCACUGCGGCUGGAACUCUUGCUUCGAGAGCUUGGUUAUGGGUGUGCCGGUGGCGGCGUGGCCGAUGCAUUCCGACCAGCCGUUGAACGCUGUUUUCUUGACGGAGGUUCUGAAGGUCGGGGUGGUUGUGAGGGAGUGGGCACGGCGGGAGGAGGUGGUGGAGGCGGCGGUGAUUGGGAAGGUUGUUGAGAGGUUGAUGGCGUCGGAGGAGAUUAGGAGGACGGCUGUGGAGCUUAGCGCCGCCGUGAAGAAAUCUAUGGAGGACGGCGGUGAAUGUUCUAGGGAAAUGGAUAGUUUCAUUGCUCAUAUUACUAGAUGACCGACUAGUAUUACUUUUUUUUUUUAAUAUUUAAAUAUUUC